CUGUUUGAUUGUCUUCUUAAGGUUUAUUCAAGUUGUGGUGGUGAUGAGUUUACAGUUGAAGAUGACGACUCAGGCCGCGUGAUCUCUUGUAUUAAGUGUUCUAAGUAUAUGUGUAAACCUGGCUUUGGACUGUCUCCUCAGUGUGGUGAAAUAGUAAAACUAACUGACGUAAAAAAAAUAGGUUGUCGGCAAUGUCAAGUUGGAAAAACGUACUCUGAUACCAAUAAAGAUUAUAGUUCUUGCAAGCCAUGUCAAAUAUGUCCAGACUCUCAUACAGUAGUGAGAAACUGCACUUUGAAAGCCAAUUCGGAAUGUAGUCGAGACUGUGGGAAGAAGUUCUAUUUUGAGGAAACAACAGGGUCCUGCAAGCGAUGCUCAUUUUGUUGUCAUGGAAAGAACGAAAAAAAAGAUGACUGUAAAGAUAUGCCCUUCUACGAGCAGUGUGAUGCUAAUCUCCCCCUGAAAACUAUUAAUGACUGUAAACCGAAAUGCAAAGAUAAUCAGUACAUUGUAAUGACCAAGAAUGGUUCACACUGUGAGGACUGUAAACACUGUCCUCUUGGAACUUCCCCAUCUAUAAAAUGUGGAAGUAUGGUGGAAAGUACUGCUGGCAUUAAAUGUUUAGGAUGUGAGGCAGGUCAGACAUUUUCAGACAAGCUAGACACUGGUUCCUGUAAAACGUGUACUAAAUGUUCUAUUGGACAGAAAGAACUGAUACCAUGUAAUGUGACAAGGGAUAGAGCAUGUGGUGAGUGUGAUAAAGGGUUUUAUAAAGAUCACACUAGUAAUUCAUGCAUGCCAUGUUCAGCAUGCUGUAAUGAUGACGAAGAUGUACGUGUUGAAAAAUGUGCAGAAGAAAACAUGCCAUUAAGUCUGCAGUGUAGUUAUACUAGGAGAGCUAUCAGUGUUUGUCAACAAAAGAUACAAGAAAAUACAAAGCAGGAAGACUCCAGAAGCUUGUUAGCUGUUUAUAUAGCCGCUGGUGUUACAAUGGGACUUGCGACUUCAAUUCUCAUAAUGCUAUUGUUGAGGUGGAGACAUCAAAGGUACAAGAGGCUGUCAGGAAGUCAUUCACUUACAAUGCUACUUCCAUCUGAAGAAGAACAAGAAGAAGAAGGUUACUAUAUUCAUUAUUCAUCCAGUUAAAUAUUUUGUGCUUUUUAAUAGGUUCAAAGCCCCCAACCGCCGUUGGCCAAAUUUAGAUGAUGUUAGUUAUAUGCAAUUGAUCUAAUGGUAUAUUUUCGUGGAAAUGAGGUUGACCAAUGGUAUAUUUGCUUGGAAACAAGGCCUUCACCUCAGUGGAUAACAUUCCCUGGAUUUGCAUAAUUCUUGACACCAUACACAGCCUCAUUCAAUAUAAUUGCUAAAUAUAUUCAAUAUAUGUAGCAACAUGCAUAUUUUCCACACCAUUCUCUGAACAUUCUUUGUGAUUAUGUCAAGAAGAAAUUGAUAAGAAACCAUGAUAUUUUUCCUUGGCAAUCAUUUACUUUACUCCCAUAACCUUAGUUAAUGUUUGAUUGAGCUGUGUUAGUUUUAAGGAGAAACAAGGUACUUGUCACUUGAAAGGCUUGAAGGACCUACCCAUCCCCUAAGCCAACAUUAACACUUACUUCUCACUUACAACAAAAAUAUUGGCUUAGGGGAGGGGUAGGUGGGCAGUUUUUCAGAAACGUAUAAAGAUCCUUUUAGGAUUACAAGACACAAAUGUAGCAAUGAUAAAAGGUCUAAUCAGGUGGGGUGCUGCAGAAACUUCAACUCUAAAAUGUAGACACAGCUUUUUAUGGUAUUAUGGCUGCUAAUAUUUAAAAUUCAAAUCAAAUUUACACAAAUUGCCCAAUGACCAUGAAAAUACCAGUCUGCGCGCUUAAUUAAAUUAAGCUAAUAAUUAAGCUAAGAAUUAAUUAGGGAACACAGAAAAGAAGUAUUGAUGGCCAGUCUGUAUAUAUCCCUAUUGUGGACCUUGUCCCAACCAGUGUCCUGACAAACAAUAGUACCAGCCUGCAUUUCAUAUAUUUUUUGUUAUUUUCUAUUAUAGCAACGAGCCAUUCUUGCACGAAACUUGAGGAUCCAACAGUAAAUGUUUCACAGGAGACUUUAUCCUUUGAAAAAUGUGGAGUCUUACUUCAUUUCAAUGAUCCACAUAGCUUCUUUAAUGAUGCUCAACAGAUAAGAGUAGAAAUAUGUUGGGAUCAAACUUCUUUUCCCGCUUCGAAUCAAGAUGAAGUGCAACUCAGUCCCAUUAUUAAGUUUCACCCUUAUGGCAUAAGACUGUCGAAGCCUGUGCAAAUUAGAAUACCACACAGUGCACUAGUAUUUUUUACGCAUGGUUGGAAUAUAAAACUCAAAAGUUCAGCAUUUCAAAAUGAAAUAAAUGAAUGGAGGGAUGAGGAAGUGGAUGAAAUAAGUAACAAUGAUGUUUGCUACCACGUGGAUUGUCUCCUAUCCUAUGUUGUUGUUGGUACACCAGCGUUCAAUUCCAAACCAAACAAAAAGCGUUUCAAGUGUGCAGUUUUUGGUGGUGAAGGCAAAGUUGGUGAGAACUAUACAGCAUAUCUGUAUGUGUUUGAUGACUGCGAAGCAUCGCUUGAGGUAACUUCUUGUCUGUGGCUCAUAGUUAACAGUCUCUGACACAUAGGGGUGCACAAAGGCUGUCUAAUACUUUAGUGAAUUCGAUUUUAUGUUUUUUGUUGGAAUGCUUCAAAUUCACUUGCAUCCCUCUAGUAAAUACAUGUAAGAACUGAGUAAAACUAUCAUUAAUUCCAGACAGAUUGAUUAUGUGUACUAUACAGUACUCCUCUCCCCCCCCCCAACGCUAUUGAUUAUCAUGGUCACAACAACCAAAAUAGUGUUACAAAAAAAUUCCAAGAAACCUUUUCACCAAAUUGUUACAUGUAGACUGCAUGCAAAAUAUUAUAAUGUCUGUCCUUUAAGAGUUUUUCCCCCAAUCUUCUUAAAGAAAAAUAAAUCGAUGCUAUAUUUCACAUUAUUAUUUUCUUUCCAUUUUCAGAAAAUAAUGGAGGAAGAAAAGUCUAAGAAUAGGAUUCUUCUGGGAUCUCUUCAGUCUUUAUAUGUCGAGACUGUACAGGAUACUGAUAUCAAGAUUUCUGUUAAACAACUUGUUCAAGGAUGGAAGGAAGCAUGCAUAAAUCCACAGGUUAUUUAAUACUCUCUGCAAUGAGUCCUACAAAUUAUACAUUAUUAUUACCCCGGUAAUGGUAUACACUAUGUUUGUACAGCUUCUUAGACUAACGUUUGAUGCUGACAGGUGUCACUUCUGCAGGUUUACAGAAGCUAAACUUAAUAAAAAAUAAAAAUUAGUGAUGGUUAUGAUGAAAAAACAGGUUAGGUGCAUGGUCUACAGGAGGUAUCUCCCACAACAAGUUUAUUUAAAUUUUGUUAACCAUUUAUUUAAAAAAAAAAUGAAUGAUUUAUUCAUCAUAAAUCAUAAAAUUUAAUGUUUUAAUAUAUUAGAAAUUAAGAGUGCAUGUACUGUUUAUAUUUUUACACAGGUGAUAACACACAAGAGUUUGAAGGACUCCUACACAACAAUACCAAAAUCAGAGAUAUUGUUUGAACAUGACAAUGGUAGAAACCGAGACUUUCACUGUACUCUUGAACUAACAGCAGACAACGCAGCAACAAAACUUUCUGCAGUGGCUUCAAUCAAAGAUGUGAGUUUCACUUAAGUUUAAUUUCAAACCUUAAUUCAGUGAACAUUUUCUUUGCUCCUGUGGACAAAGGAGGCAAAUUCAUGCUUGAGUUGCAAAAUACAGUCAUUUCUCUGAAACUGUCCACACAAACAAUAAACUCAUUUAAAUGAGUAUUCAUACUGGAAUAAAAUACAGGAAAGGCCUUCAUCAAACAAAAAUAAUACUGGUGUAUAUACAAUUAAUACAAUGUUUAAUAAUAUGUACCUUUAAAAUUACAUUAAUUUGAAUUUUCUGCAGGAUCCAUUUAGGAGAUACCAAGAGAGCAACCAGGGCCUCGGUCAUAAUGAUCUGAUGGUGACUGGGAGAAGUCUUUGCGGUAAGUUGUUCUGCCUACAAGAUAGACAUGUUUACUGAGACAUUAGCCAACCUUUAACACCACACUAUAUCCUAUACCGCACCACAUACAUUCUAAUAUAUUAUAGACUUAACUUGCUUACAACCUAGGCUUCUUGCAGUCAGGUCCUAGCUUAUCACUACAUACAAAAUUUAAGUUUAUUCUGAAGUCAUUCUCAUUCAAAGUAACUAAAUAUGAAACAGUUUAAGGUAUACAUACGGCUAAAAUGGGCAACAAAAUGACCUGUCUUGAAGUAUUUUAGCUUCUUUUCUUUUCUUGGUUUUGAUUAUUGUAGAAUCCGACUUUUUCACAUUUUAGCCGUACAUAGCACCUUAAGCUACAUACCACUAAACAAAGCACAUUUUAAAACAUAUCAAAAUAUUUUCCCCUAUUGUGUAAUCAGUUUCACACAAAUCCUGAGUAACCAACUGGCAACUUACAACUGAUGCUGAUCUUGUAGAUCCCUUGAUCACCGAUGAGAGCAGAACAUCAAUCUGCUUCCAUGAAAUUCCAAAGGAGGUACUACAAGCUGUUGCCAUAAAACUGGACCUCUCAUGCAGAGGAGUGGGAAACUGGAGACACGUUGCAGUACACCUAGGCUUCACAGAAAAGGAGAUUGAUGACUUUAGAGCAGAAUUGUCGACUCCUGAUGGCAGUCCAUGCACAGUGAUGCUUCAUGCUCUUCAAGAAAAGCAACCAAAGUUUACUGUAGCAGAGUUUGUACGCAUUCUCCAAACUCGCAAAAUUCAGCGAUUUGAUGUGGUCAAUAUCCUAGAGCCUUAUGUGUAUGAGCUCAUUUCCAGUUUUACUGAAAAAUAAGAAAAUUCUCAACUGUACUGAUGAAGGAUAACUUGAAGAAAAAGAGCACCAAUAACACAACAACUAAUAAAGACACUGUCAGAUAUCAAAAAUAUUUACAAGCCCACCCCCCAAGAUUGCAUGAUGCAUAGGUGGGUCUAUGUGGGAAUGCAAGUACAAGGAUAUAGAGACCUACAUUGCCAGGGUUUCAUCUUCAUUUUACUUACUGGUAGAGCUUAAUGUUCUUUGACUAUUAAAUUUGUGUAUUCAGUGGUUGACGGAAUUUCUCAAAAUAAGAACCUGAUCAAAAUUGUAGGUAAAAACAGGUUGUUAUGUAUAAGGGGUCUAAAUGGACAAUCUUAGCCUAACAGGUUCUUCUGUUAGAAUCUAGGUUCUUGUACACAGGUUUUUACUGUAUUGACUGGUAUAGAGUGCAUUUCACACAUCUGUGUUAAUGAGAAUGACAUUACAAUAACCACCAUGAUAUAGGGAUCUAUAUCUACUACAAGCAUAAACCAAACUAGGCCAAAAACCAUUUUGAUCAACUUUGGAGUUAACGAAUGGGACAAACUUGAACUAGAAGUAACACAGUCACAGGAUUUAUCUUUUGUGAACAAUUCUAAACCAAGUAAUCUGAAGUAAUUUUGUUUUUUUUUUCACCUUUUUUAUGAUAUUAACUUCAUUUUCCUAAAAUUACCAGUUUCAUGAAAAAGAUCACAGCAACCCCAACCCCCUAUAUAUCACGUGAGUGAGUGUAGGUUCCUGCUUAAUAAAUUACUGAUUAUAUUGUUUAUUUCGUUUUCUCUACUGUCAUCAAAAUUAAAUAAGCCCCAUAGGGGCCAUGUGUUAAUAUUAAUGCCCACCAACAAUGGGAUCACAGUUGUCUUUUAAGCUGGGCUGAGCUAGGUACUUGGUAUGCAAAAUAAAGUUAACUUUAUAUCAUCAAUAGCUGUCAUACUUCCCGUGUUGUGAUUAAUACUUUUAUGUUUAACUGUCAUUUUCACACACAACCCAUAGUUAAAAAUAAAUCACAAUAAAAGGAAAUUAAAUAGCAUUCCUGAACAAGCUGAAAGGUGACAAGGGAGAGUUAGAAGGGUCCCUUUUCCCUACCUCUGUAUUGGUGCUCACAAAGCCUUGACAUAUAUGUUUACUUUCUGCCACAAUAGCCCAUUUGCAUAAAGAGGUCAUGUGACAUCAUUUUUAUGAAAAGGAAAGUUAUAUGAUUUUGCCUUCGAAAAACGUUUAGUAGGUCAUAUCUUAAACAAAAUAAUAGUGAUUUGGUCUUUCAAACCCACACCAUUCUCUGAAAAUGAGUAAGUUCGUAGCUGGUCAUGUGACCAAAAUGUGAUUUUUUAAAUUAUGCACUUAAACUUCAAGGAUAAUGUUGAAAAAAUGAUGUAGUAACGUUUACAGCACAUCUGAGCGUAACUACGAUUACGUUUAACAAGAUAUUUUGUGGAAAACCUGCAAAAUAGCUUUAGCUAAGUGUUUCUCCCAAGUCAAAUAAAGAUUAUGUUAUGUUAUACAAGCACAAAAGUAGUUUUGGCUGUCAUGUUGGAGGGCAACGGUAUGCCCUCCAACAUGGCUGCCAAGACAAAUUUAAUACUUUGUUGAAAAUCAAAGUGCCAUAAAAUUAAUAUCUCCCUUGAAUGCAUUUCCUCUGAAAAUUCGGGUGUAAGAUAAUUUUUGUUAAUUUUCGGCAUCAGCAAGAUUCCAAAUCAUUGUUUAUAAAGGAAGAAUUGGAGACUAUGAUUAUUGACUUGACAGGGAAUAAGCCACGGCAUCGUCCCAGAAUACAAAGAGGCCUCUGCAGAGCAGAGAGCUCUUAGUCCAGAUGGCUUAUUCCCUAUCAAGUCAAUAAUCAUAGUCUCCAUGAUUUCCGUGUCUACUUUGCCUCUCGUGCCACGUUCUGGCAAUUCCAGCCCUUUUCCCGUCCUAUUCUUCUCGCAUUUUUAAAGGUAAUCACUUUUGUUAAUAAUAUUACGGGCGCCACAAUUCUAGCUCAUUUGAGUUUUAAUACGGUCGGAAGAACGUGAAUGGCUAGAUUAUCAUAUAUAGAGAAUACUUCAUGUGCUGGAGUGCGGCAUUUACGCACGAGUUGUUUACGUAUCAGAAAUCGAACGAGUGGGCGCAGCGAACGAGUAAGAUUUCUGGUACAAAAACAACAAGUGCGCACUUAAGAGGCCCUGCGCCUAAGAAACGACCGAUGAUUUUCGGCUAAAAAAUAAAAUCGGCCGAUUUUUAUCUCCCAAGUAGAGGUUACCGAAUACUAUUCAAAAAUGAAUUUCUUUUGUUUCAGUUUCGCUUUAAACGAGAAAUAUCGAGCCGCAAACUUUUUCCGUCUGAUAGCAGCCAAAUCAGGCCUAAAAUAAGCCCUCGCAAAAAACGGUUCAGAAAUCACUAUCGCAACGCAAAAUAAUGAGAAAACUACACAGUGAUGAAGAAAAAGGCCUUUUAAUGCAAUAUCAUUCGAUGAACAUCGAAAAACGUCCGAAGUGAAUAAAAAAUAAAUUUUCAAAUAUUGCAUACUAAAUUAGAUAGAGCGCUGGAGCUGAUUUUAAAAUAAUUAUUUAUCAAAAGUCCAACGCUGUUGAAAGCAAUCACAGUGAUGAAUCAGACAUUGGAGGAAUAUACAUUACGAUUCUGGAAAAACAUUUUUCGGCCAAAGUAUAUUGACGUUGUACAAAACGGUCAAAGUUACCGUGUUUACCGUUAUCUUGCUACUUCGGCGAAACACUUCUCUGUUGCCAAUACGGCCGUGGAUAGCGUGGUAAACACCACUUUAAUCCUUGCUAGGCGCUCAGAGACCAUCCUAAGUAGAAGUAUAUAGAAUUAAAAGGGAAAGGAAAAUUAAAGAUACGCAGAAAAAGAAAAUAACUCGAAAUUACCAUCUUCUAAGGAGAGUUGAAUCUUGGAAAUGUUGUCGCGUGACAGCGUUCAUUUGCCCAAACUGGAGCGGAAUCCAAACAAAUGCGUGAAAUAUAAGUUAAAAAAAAAAAACAAUCUUUCUAUCACCAGAAAUCGUGAAGUGAAAAAGCUUUAUGUUGUUCCUAUUAAUGAUGAUGAAUUCAGCAUCACUCUAAGUGCUUUGAAUGUGGGCUGCAUGUAUUUCGUUACAUACAUUCCAACGGACGUUACGGGUCAGCGCGUGUAGAGGUCAGCGGACCUAAAUUGGAGAGCAACGCCAUGCUAGGGGGGAGGUGGGGGGUAUUGGGGGUACCCAAUAGCGCAAUACCUUAAGAAAAAUUGGGAAAAACCGAAAUACCGUGUCAAAAAUCGACGAAAUACUGAUACCGCAUUUAUUUUCGGUCACGCUUACUUAAAGUUGUAUCCAUCUCGCGUGUUUGUUUAUCUCAAAGACAUUUGCGGGUAUUUCGAAAUACCUUACAAAUCUAGAGAUCUAAAAAGAGACCUUUUAGCCAAGGUUUCAGAACUUGUAAAGGAAUGUGACUGAGUGCAGCAAAAAUAAUUUCAUUCUGCAACUUUCCUGCGCAAGAGUUUGAGUGCAUGGUAUGCUGUCCAAUUUUAUAUGACAAGUUGUGCGUAGUGCAUUGGUUAUUAUUAUCUAAAUAUCGUAAAUAUUAUUGUGGAAACAAAUUCUGAAGCAUUUUAUAAAAUGAAGUUGCAAAAUGAGUGAGGCACUUUCAUCGAUUUAAAAAUCCUACCGGUCUCCUAUCCUUUUUUAUGAUGUCCUCCCCGAUAUUUGGGUGACCCUAUUCAGCAGAAUGGCGGAAUACAUGUAAUAUUGUUAAAUACGGAAUAUACGGAAUACUCUAAAACAUGGAAUAUACAGAAUAUUCUGUAUUUGAUUUGAACUGGACUGACAAAAAGGCAGAGGCAAAGAAUACUCGGUUGUUUUGAAAUAUAAAAGAAAGAAAUUUUUGUACUGCCGUAAGCCACACUAUAGACCUUAUGACGGUUUUGAAAGCCAUCUUGACGGGUGAAGGGUCUUAGCUUGUAUCACGGGAAUCUAAUGUCGGAUAAUUUUCAUAAAACGGCUGUUCUAAAAAAAAGAAGAAUUGUCAACUUAAGCUUGACGGAAUUAUACUAACAAUUAAUGGUGGCCGCACCUGCGCCUAAAUUUGUCCGGUCGCUUUCUUUAGAUUUUCCAGACAUUUGUCCGCACUUUUCCUGGGAAAUUUUAGUCGGCAAGAACGAGAAAAAAUUACACACAACACUGUAUAUUUUCACGCGGUUGUUUAACCGUCAAGAUGUCCUCCAAAACAGUUAUUUGAUUUAGCGCCCCUUCCAAUAAGCGCUCCCCCUUUCGAAUAAGCGCCCCCUUCAAAUGUGUUUUGUUAAUAAGCGCUCCCAUUCUAAUAUUAUAUAAGAGUUCGGGUACGUAUCAACCGAGGUUCAUCUUCAUUUAAUAGCUCACAAAUGAACGUGGUAUUUCCACAUUACAAAAACAGUGGUUUGAUGUCCAUGUGAGUGCAUAAAGUCUUCAAAGGAAUGAUCUCUGUUUCAAAUUUUGUGGCGAUUGCUCGGCUGGUCGUUCUGGCGAGGAAGGAUCCAGGGACAACAAGUCCGUUUUCCAGUCUCCUUGAUCCAUUACCUUAAUUGACUUGCACUUUGUUCUUACUGCGAGUUUUUUUUAAGAAAAGUGACAUAUAAGGAAGGAAAGUUCCAUCGGCAAAUGCCCAACAUGAGUUUCAAGGUAAGUCCCUCACGUUAACUGAGCAUUCACCGCCGGCAGUAUUUGUUACUGUUUCAGUUUCAAAGAUUGUUCGUUUUUAAAUAAAUAUUAAAGGUUUUUUUUUUAACAUUUGGUUGUUUCUCUAAAAAGAAAUAAGCGCCCUGUCCCGAAUAAGCGUCCUCCCUUGAGCAUGUUAAGGCACCAAAAGUAAAUAAGCUGCCUCGGCGCUAAAUCGAGUCAUUACGGUAAGUCAAUUAGCUUCAAUUUUUUUACUUGUCACGCGCUUAAAACAUGGUUCGAGUUAUUGAGGGUAAAAUUAUAUAGAAAUGAUCUGAAGGGAAACAAAAAUUAGUAUUACUUCGAGUUAGCACGAGGUUCGAGUCGGUAGCGAGGGUUCGGGUUGUUGGAGUCGACUGCUUUUUAAACGAUUUGUCUCUUAUCCUGCGUUUUAGAGUAUUCCAUGAUUCCAUAUUUUAGAAUAUUCCGUGUAUUCCGCCAUUCCGUUCCAUCAUUCCGUCAGUCCGCCAUUCCACUGAAUAGCGUCACUCCCGAAGUUUUGAUGUCCAAGAAAAUACUAAACGCGGGGCUAAUCAGUGUGCUAAGAAUUGAAUCUGUUGGCUACAUUUUAUAGCGCCAGAUACUAGUCCUUUGAGGAAAAAACAAAAAAAACAAAAAAAAAAAACCUAAUUCUUGGGCGUAAUGAACUCAGUUUUCGCGACCAAGAUGUUCCUCGUUCCUGCUGGGAGCGACAGUACUCUAACAUCUCUCUUUUUUCCCUUGAAGGCAGACAUUGGACAUCGACAUGAAUGAUUCUCGCCCGAGUAAAAAAAAACAUCGGGUCAGAUAUCUUUCAAUAGACCGCUGGCCAGAAGCGUCGACUCGUGACCCCACAACGCUCAGAUCACGCUGAGGCCAAAACGGUGCGGCGGUUCGGGAACUUUUUCUUUUUAAGUCACCAUCGUUUGAGAAAAAAUAACAUUACAUUGUUUCACUUAAUGCUUUCUGGCCGCGAAGAAGUUGUUUUCGUAUUUGUGCAUUCGUUAGAUUCCGCCGCCGUUUAGACAAAUGACGUCAAUGGCCGCUGUCACGCGACGACAUUUUCCAGAUUCAAGUUUCGUCAGCAGAUGGUAAUUUUCAGUUAUUUUCUUUUUCUGCCUAUUUUUCAUCUUCCUUUCUCUUUCAAUUCUACGUUCUUCUACUUAGGAUGGUCUCUGAGCGCCUAGCAAGGAUUAAAGUGGUGUUUACCACGCUAUCCACGGCCGUAUUGGCAACAGAGAAGUGUUUCGCCGAAGUAGCAAGAUAACGGUAAACACGGUAACUUUGACCGUUUUGUACAACGUCAAUAUACUUUGGCCGAAAAAUGUUUUUCCAGAAUCGUAAUGUAUAUUCCUCCAAUGUCUGAUUCAUCACUGUGAUUGCUUUCAACAGCGUUGGACUUUUGAUAAAUAAUUAUUUUAAAAUCAGCUCCAGCGCUCUAUCUAAUUUAGUAUGCAAUAUUUGAAAAUUUAUUUUUUAUUCACUUCGGCCGUUUUUCGAUGUUCAUCGAAUGAUAUUGCAUUAAAAGGCCUUUUUCUUCAUCACUGUGUAGUUAUCUCAUUAUUUUGCGUUGCGAUAGUGAUUUCUGAACCGUUUUUUGCGAGGGCUUAUUUUAGGCCUGAUUUGGCUGCUAUCAGACGGAAAAAGUUUGCGGCUCGAUAUUUCUCGUUUAAAGCGAAACUGAAACAAAAGAAAUUCAUUUUUGAAUAGUAUUCGGUAACCUCUACUUGUGAGAUAAAAAUUGGCCGAUUUUAUUUUUUAGCCGGAAAUCAUCGGCCGUUUCUUAGGCGCAGGGCCUCUUAAUCUGCAGGUUGUUUAGAUUUAUCAUGAAAUGGGAUAAUCCAAAACACGUCUGAGCAAAGCUUGUCCGAUAUUUAACUCCGUAGCUUUAUAUUAUCCUUUUUUACCCUACAAACCAAGUGUGCAUUCCACUUCCAAGAGCAUGUGAACUUUGGAUUUUCAAGUGUCUAGGGAAUUCCCCGCAUCUUUGUUUCAGUCGAAGCAAGCCAACGGAUGACAGCCGUGCCAUAUUAUUGCGUAGUUCAUUUCUGUGGAUAAUCUCUCGAGACUACUGCAAAUUCGAAACAACUUUAUGCCUUUUCUGGACUGUGAAAACUACAAAAAUAAUGUGCAAUUAUAGCUCAUACAGCUUUGAGCUUUCUUUGAACAUUCCGUCGCUGGUUGCUAAAAAGUUUUCGCGCCAAAUUCCUUUGCAACAUAUGAUGUGUCUCGGGUUUCUCAUGUGACUCAUUAUUGUGUGUGAACUGUUACUUGCUUGAACAAAGAAAACCCUUGUUCAUUGGCUACUAAAAAUGACGUCUCCUAGAAAAACCAAUCAAUGGUCAUGUAAACACACGCUCACUUCCAUAAAUUACGUUCAUUCAUCGUUCGCAAUCACCUGGCUUUUACUUACGUUAGAGCAAGGUUCAAUUCUCGUGGCAUUUCUUUUUCCACUUUAUCACUUCCAUUCACCUUCUGAUCCUGUUACAGCCGCAAAACGGAUAGCAACGAACUUACCAUGCAAGAUGGAGAGUUUUCUGAUAUCUUUUGCACGAGUAAGCGGUUAGCACAUCCCUCGCACCUUCGUUUUGUUGGCAUUUACGUUCUGAAGAAAGAAGUCGUCGGAAAUGGUAAGUUUAACGCUCAACCGUUACUUGUAUUAUCAAAUUAUUCAAAGCGUUUUCUUCUUAUAAUUAUUUCAACAUGAAGCUUUACUUCUCUUGCGAACAUUGUUUGGAACCCUGGCCCUAAACAAAAGCAACGCUCAGCUAACAUCGUAGCUUAUUACUUAACAUAAAAUUCACUUCCACACUUGCAGGGGGAUAACGAACACAAAAUUAAUCGAAGACGUCGAAAUAGUUAUUUAUCCUUUAAUUUGAUGGUGAGUCUACGUCCUUUUUGUUAUUAUUUUUUCAAAAUUUAUUUUUGUUUUACUCCCAUAAACUGUUAAGAGAUAUUGCGUAGUUCUCUUAGUUUAGGAAUGUGCUUCGUAAUUGAAAUUAUCAAACAAGCUUACUUACGGGGAAUUUCAGUUCUACAACCCGACAAAGGUCGUGAAGACGACUAAAUAACUGUAGUACCUAACUCGUGCACAUUUUAUUCUCUCAGCCUUACAAUAUUCCUACAAUUUUAUGGUGUAAAAGGUUUUACUGAAAUUAGUUAUGGAUUGCGCAACGAUUGUUGAUGAAUGUGACUCCGAUUUUGUACGUCGAUCGUCUUCAUCCCUCUCAAGACUGCAUACACGAUACACUUAACGUUAGGGAGAGACAGUUUUAGCCAUCUAAAUACUUCUGUUUAGAACUUCUACUUUCGAAUCGCUCCCUUUAAAAUCGCGGCAAAGUACUGUACACGUAAGUUUACAUCGUGCUACCAUGUUUGUUUUUAUAUGCAAAUGAGUCUUGUGACUUCCGGGUAAUCUUUGAUCAUGCUCAGAGCAGUGCCAGAGAAAGCGUCACAAAACGGAAGCGUUAUUUAUUUAUUUUUUUUUUCAUCAGUAUCGAUCCUUCUUUGGAGACAGUCAUACUAUGUAAGCAAACAAACAUUUAUUCUGGAUUUUGGAUUAAAAAAUUACCAAGUUCUUCGAAAUCAGGUUUAUUUCAAUAUCCCAAUUUUUUUACUUUAAUACAGACUUUAUUGCUUUUUGCAGGUGUUAAUUCCACUACUUAUUUUUUUGGAACUAAGUGUAGUUGUGCCUAACGUCAGGGUAAGUUUCUUAGUAUCCUUGUUACUACUUUUUGGUAGGACUGUAACAAUUACUAAUAAAGUCAAUAGUAAAGUGUGCUGUUAUGGCCGGUUACAAUUUUUAUUGCAAAGCUGAUUGUUCUUUAGAGUGUUGGAAUACCCUUUGCACUGUUAAAAGUACAGGGAGAGAAUAUAGUUCUCACAGUUAGUGGCUAUUGCUGUUUCAAAAGUGUUUUUCAUGUAAUAUUUUUUCCUUAGCUUUUGCAGUCAAAUUUUAAGAUUUAUUUGAUUGUUUUACUUUAACUGAUAGUGCAUGAACAGCAGUAUGUCACUUGAUUAUUUUUGUUUAUGUCGACAUAGCUUUCCCACCUAAUAUUUGGGGAAGCUGUGUGUGAAUCCUACAUUUACUUGAGUUAAGCUGCCACCUCUCAAUUACAUUUGUAUGCCGCAAUUAGCCGUAAAAAUAUUAAUAUGCAUUUCCUUUUAAUAUAUGCCAAACCUUUACAGCAACAGUGCACUGAACACUUUUUAAUUUUCAUAAAAAAUUUUAAUACUGAUGAAACUUAUUUGAAGGAAAAUAGACCUUAGCAACUGUUAUGUUUCUUUCACUUUUCUUUACUGCACUAUCUUACAGACUAUAUUUGCAAUAUUGGUGAGGAAAUUUAUAUCUUAACUAAAAGUACCACCCCAGAAUAAUGGGCACCCUCACAUAGGUGCCACACUUAAAGGUUGAAAGGGUUAGUGCCAUGGCACCUGUUUAAGCAGAAAUGAGGUAAACUUGCUCAUACUUUGUUUAAUCACAAUGCAUCUCUCUACAGAGCAUUCUAAUUUUCUUGUACAUUUUGUAGGCAACAAAUCAAUGUACUGAGUUUCAGUUCCUGGUACGUAAUACAGAUGGGACAACUUCUUGUGAGGAUUGUGAACACUGCCCUCCUGGUCGAGGACUUUCGCAUGAAUGUGGUACAGAAAUAUCAGGAGAUACAAUGAUUCACUGCAUACCAUGCAGUGAAGGCCGCUCGUUCUCCACCAAUUAUGACACUUCUAGCUGUAUUCUGUGCAGUGCAUCCUGUUCAGAAGAUCAGUUAGUUAAUCAAACUUGCACAACAACAUCAGAUGUCAAGUGUGCAAAGCAGUGUAACAGUAAGGACAGGUAAUGCUCUUGCAAAUUUAAAAAAUUAAGGCUUAAUUUUUAUCAAGAUUAAGACUUACUUAAUAGCAUUUCUAGUUCUUUAUCACUUUCAUGAUGACUGUCAAUCUAACAUAUAAUCAGUUGUUUUUGUCUUGACAUACCAAUCCCCGUUUUCAGUUUGCAUUAUCUGGCAUGUACCCUAAAGUGUUCUCAGCUGUUCUACUUAGGUCUGUUGCAACCCAGUUCAGUGAAUAUGUAACUUCUUUGUUCUUAUGGACCUUGCUUACUUAUCAAUAUAAUUGCUAUUGGCAUGUUUGUAGUGUUGUACCUUUUUUGUUGUAAUUGACAGCUUGCUUAAUCAGGGUUAGCUUUGGUUUAUCUUGUGCACAAAAUGAAGAUUGCAUGUGUACUAAAGGACCUGGCUAUAUAGCUAGUCGUAAGAGGCUGAAAAGGAUACACUUUUAAAUUUUAAUCACUUUUAUAGUUACAAUGGUUCUCUAGCUUACAAGGCUGCUGCCUAACGGGCGCCCGGUCGCCAGAGGCGCCCAAGGUAAGAGCAUGGGCGACCAAAUUUCGGUACAAGGAGCCCGCGCGGGCGCCUGACUUAACACACGGCAUUAGACUUAACCUCCUUGUACAUUAUAUUCCUUUAGCUGGAGUAGGACUUUAAACAGUGGAACUGUUGAUAUGGUUAGCGAUGAUGCGAUUAGGCAGUAUAAAAUUUCCACAAAUAAACCGUAAAUUAUGUAAACCUAACGUGUUCAACUGUGAAGCUUUGUCGAAACGAACGAAGCCAUCGUUUCCGAGUCCGGAUGGCAGUUGAAGACUGGGUCUGAGAUUUGACUUCCAAAUAUGGAAUAGCAAAAUUAUGGGCUGUUUGUUGCCUAUGUUGACAUUCGUGCAGUUCAUCGUUUGCUUGGGUUUUCGUCGAUUUGAUAACUUUUUGUGGCGAGAAUGGGAAGCUAUCUUGCGUGCUAUCGACUGGACGUGCUUGAUGUUCGAUUUCAUGUACCAGUUUGCAACGUAUCAGCAUUUUCAAGAGACUUUAAAAAACAACACGCCAGAGAACGCAGUAUGAUAUUUCAUAUUUGUAAUGUGAUGUCUUUACCUUGAAUAAAGAAAUUAAAGUAAUGAUCAACUUUGUGUUGGUUGUAUUUCUGCCUUGCUGCACGUGCUUAGCGCCCUUUCCCGCUAAAAUCGGCAAAGGUUCUGCUUUUCCCGCUAAAAUCGGCAAAGGUUCUUCUUUUCUCGCUAAAAUCGACAAAGGUUUCAGCAAUUUGUCUUAAGCCCAGUGACUACAAUGGAAUUCUCGCAACAGGUAAGCAAUGUUUAUUUCUUACGACUCCGUAUGUGAACAUUUAUAUUAAUAUAGAUAACGAUUUGGAAACUGUCUCUUUCAAAACAAUAAAAUAUAUUUCCCGCUUUUAAAACACAACCGAAGAUGCUGUGCCUUCAUUUGACCUAUAUUCAAUGCGGUUUUAUUUAAUCCGUAGUGACAGCGAAUUCUUAUUAAAGUGUGCAAGAACCUCUAUAACCUAUGUAAUGAUCUUGGAAAAACAAUACAUGGAUUUCAAACUGGGCUCCUAACAAUGUGGCUCGGGCUCCUAACUUUAAACUUUAGGAGCCCGAAGGGCUCCCUAAAAUUUUUCUUAGGCAGCAGCCUUGAGCUUUAUGUAGUGUUGUUAACUUUACAGGUAUUAUGAUGAAGUAAUUGGUGACUGUAAACGUUGUUCAAAGUGCUGUGGAGAUGCUCAAGAUGUUAUCGAAGAGGAAUGCAAAAGUAAAAUGGGGGCUGCUUCAAACAUGAUCUGCUCUUUUCAAAGCAGUGUAAAUCGGUGUGACAGAGAUACUGAUACCCUAACACCAUCACCACAAGAAACCAGAGCAUCUCAAACUGAGGCAAAUGCAAGUGCAUCCCCUGAGAAUACCACAGAAUCCAAAAACGCAUCAACAGCAGCAUCUUUGGACAAAACAACAGCAUCUCAAAAAGAUAGAGCAACAGAGUCUCCAAAAGUGACCACUGUCGUUCAGAGCACCCCUUUUCCUUCCCAUUUUACACAAAAUGUAACAGGCAUCUUUACAUCAUCUGGAGAAAUAAGGAGUUUGCAGGAUUCACCUAAAGCAAAGCCUGCCGACAACCAAGUUGGAUUAAUUGUUGGUAUAACCGUGGCUGUGGUAUUGGGUCUAGUAUCCUUGGCUGCUUUAAUUAGUUAUUGCUUAUUGUCAAGGUCAUGCUCUAGCUCAAAAGAUCCAGAAAAAGGAGUGUACAAUUCAGUAAAUGAUACUGAACCUUGUCCAGUGGCUAUCAAAGGUAAUCUUUUUAACUACAUAAUUGUGUGUGUAUUGAGCUGUGAUUACUAUAAUAACCCAGACCUGCAAUAGCUGGUAUUAAGCCCUGACAUGCUGAAUUGAGCUCCGAAAAUUCGGUCAUGAAAUAGCAGCCCUUUUGAUUCUUUCUUUCUUUAAAUCUGCACGGUGUCCUGUUUUUCUGGCAACCAGUAUUUAAUGCCUGGUGACCAUUUUAUGAUCUUAGGUCAUCACUGUACCCAUACAAUUUUGGUACAAUAUGUGAGGUUAAAAGAGCUGCACUUAUUUUCAGGAAAAGAUCAAAUUAUUAGUCAGUGCACAUGUACAUUAACUAUUCCAGCUUCAAUUCCAGCUUCAACUAGUAAUAUGGACAAACUAGGUUUGGGUAGUAAUCCCAUAGCUAGAGAAAUAAUUAAACUACAAACAAGGAGUAAGGAACAUUUUUCUAAGUCUGUAUGUCAUCGCUUUUUAAGUAAGUUUGUUGUUAUUGUACAUAUAAAUUUAAUACCCUUACAUUUCAGGAUUGUGUAGUUGUAAAAUUUUGUUGCCAGUGAAUCCAUGAAUUGAUUGUUUUUCCAGGAGACCCGCAUACUAGAGAAAAAAAGCCUUGGAAAGUAAAGUGGACACAAUCAAAAUCAGAAUCAAUUGAUCCACUGUGUGAGAAGGUACAUUUAUUGUAA